CCACUGUCCUUGGUUGCAGCAGGCACUCCCUGGGCUAAACAGCAUCACCAUGUCUGUUCGAUACAGCUCAAGCAAGCAAUACUCUUCCUCCAAAAGUGGAGGAGGAGGUGGAGGAGGAGGAUCCAUCAAAAUUUCGAGCAGCAAAAGCUCCCAUGGUGGAGGAUAUAGCUCAGGGGGCGGUUUCAGUGGUGGCUCUUUUAGCCGUGGGAGCUCUGGUGGAGGCUGCUUUGGAGGCUCAUCGGGUGGCUAUGGAGGUGGACUAGGAGGUGGGUAUGGUGGAGGUAGCUUUGGUGGAGGCUACGGAGGUGGCAGCUUUGGUGGGGGCUAUGGAGGAGGCAGUUUUGGAGGAGGCAGCUUUGGAGGGGGCAACUUUGGUGGGGGCUUCGGCGGAGGCGGCUAUGGAGGAGGCUAUGGUGGUGGAUUGGGAGAUGGUGGCCUUCUCUCUGGAAAUGAAAAAAUAACCAUGCAAAAUCUGAACGACCGCCUGGCUUCCUACUUGGACAAAGUUCGGGCUCUUGAAGAAUCAAACUAUGAGCUAGAAGGCAAAAUCAAAGAGUGGUAUGAAAAGUAUGGCAACAGAGGCCAGAGAGAGCCUCGUGACUACAGCAAAUACUACAGAACCAUUGAAGAUCUUAAAAAUCAGAUCCUUAAUCUAACAACUGAUAACGCCAAUGUCCUGCUUCAGAUCGACAAUGCCAGGCUGGCAGCGGAUGACUUCAGACUGAAGUAUGAGAACGAGGUAGCCCUCCGCCAGAGCGUGGACGCGGACAUCAACGGCCUGCGCAGGGUGCUGGACGAGCUCACCCUGACCAAGGCUGACCUGGAGAUGCAGAUCGAGAGCCUGACUGAAGAGCUGGCCUACCUGAGGAAGAACCAUGAAGAGGAAAUGAAAGACCUUCAAAAUGUGUCCACUGGUGAUGUGAAUGUGGAAAUGAACGCUGCCCCGGGUGUUGAUCUGACUCAACUUCUGAAUAACAUGAGAAGCCAGUAUGAACAACUUGCUGAACAGAACCGCAAAGACGCUGAGGCCUGGUUCAAUGAAAAGAGCAAAGAACUGACUACAGAAAUCGAUAGCAACAUUGAACAAAUGUCCAGCCAAAAAACUGAGAUUACCGAAUUGAGACGCACUGUUCAAGGUCUGGAGAUCGAACUACAGUCCCAACUAGCCCUGAAACAAUCUCUGGAAGCCUCCCUGGCAGAAACGGAAGGUCGCUACUGUGUGCAGCUCUCCCAGAUUCAGGCGCAGAUCUCCUCUCUGGAGGAACAACUGCAGCAGAUUCGAGCUGAAACCGAGUGCCAGAAUUCUGAGUACCAGCAACUCCUGGAUAUUAAGAUUCGACUGGAGAACGAGAUUCAGACCUACCGCAGCCUGCUAGAAGGAGAGGGAGGUUCCAAAGGCGGCUACGGCGGCGGAAGCUCUGGCGGAGGCCGCAAGACCUCUUCCGGGUCCACUGGGGAGUCCUCAUCUAAGGGACCAAGGUCAGGAGAACCUGGCUGGGACAACAGUAAAACCAGAGUGAUCAAGACAAUUAUUGAAGAAGUGACACCUGAUGGUAGAGUCCUUUCAUCUAAGGUUGAAUCAGAAACCAAGAAACACUACAAAUAAACUACAUCAGGCGGGAAGAGUCUCCCUUCACACAGGCCACUUUGCACAGAUGCAUGGAAAACAGAACCUCCAAGAAGAACAGAACCUUCAGUCUUAAUGGUCUAUGGAAAUAGGUUCCCUCUUUGAAAACAAGGUGUCUAAAAGGUGUUUUUGUGGUUUCUGUAUUUCUUCUUUUCACUUUACCAGAAAGUGUUCUUUAAAGGGAAAAAAAAAAAUUCUAUCCUCAUCUACUAAUGAACUCAAUAAACUUUCUUACUGAUGCAAACAAU